CUAAAAAAAAUGAGGAAAUAUCACUUACCUUUCCGAUAACGCUAAAUCGAUCUGUAAAUUUUUGUGUUCUUGAAACGGUGGUUUUGGGGACCAAGGUGUGUGUUUGGAAAAGCCAGGAGUUGCCGAGUUCCAUUUUUGAUUUAUUUUUGGAAAUAGUAUUUUUUUGAUUUGAACAUUUUUGAUUGGAAGUACUGAAAAUGGAUAACAAUGGCUACGAUUCAUCGACGGAGAAAAGUCUUAACAUCGCAGUCGUCGUGCAAUAUCGAACAAUGGAUGCGAGUGUUAAUCUAUCGAACUUAAAAGAACCGAUAGAUGGCGGAAAAGCAGGAUUUUCGAUUCGAGGCCGAAGCAAAUAUGGACUGACAUGCAGUUUGGUGUUCGCCAUUUUCGCCGCCGUCCUUGGCAUGGUGCAGUUCGGCUACAACACCGCCGUCAUCAAUGCACCGCAGAAGGUGAUCCAGGACUUCAUAACGUCCGUACACUUCGCUCGGACGGGGAACCACAUCUCUGAUGACAACAGGGACCUCAUCUGGUCCAUAGCUGUCUCCAUCUUUGCCAUCGGAGGAAUGGUUGGAGGCAUAACGGGAGGGACCAUCGCCACCAAGUUUGGAAGGAAGGGUGGUCUCUUGCUGAACAACAUCAUGGGUGUGGCGGGUGCAGCCCUCAUGACUUUCAGCAAGGCCUGUGGAAGUUACGAAAUGCUCAUUUUGGGUCGGCUAGCCAUUGGCUUCAAUUGUGGACUGAACACAGCCCUGGUGCCUAUGUAUCUUUCUGAAAUUUCUCCUGUUACGCUUCGAGGAGGUCUCGGGACUUUGAAUCAAUUGGGCGUAACGGUCGGCCUACUCCUGUCCAUGGUGCUGGGCAUCCAAGAUAUACUCGGCACGGAAGAGAGAUGGCCUUACCUCUUCGGUGUGGCUGUGAUCCCGGCCGCCCUGCAAUUGCUCCUGCUGCCUUUAUGCCCAGAAAGCCCUCGAUUUUUGCUCAUCACCAAACAGCAGGAGUAUUCUGCCAGGGAAGCCCUGGAGAAACUUCGUUGUACAGUCCAGGUGGAGGACGAUCUUGAAGAGAUGCGAAACGAGGAGCGCGCUCAAGAACAGGAACCCCAGAUGACGGUAUGUCAAGUGAUGCGAAACAAAAGCCUUCAGCUUCCUUUGCUCAUAGCAAUAGUGAUGCAACUUUCGCAGCAGCUCACUGGAAUCAACGCCGUUUUCUACUAUUCUACGGGGCUGUUCAUGAACGCGGGCCUUUCGGAAGCGGUAUCUCAUUAUGCAACUAUGGGGGUGGGUGUGAUCAUGGUGGUCAUGACCCUGGUCUCCAUCCCCCUCAUGGACAGAGCGGGACGAAGGACCCUCCACUUGUACGGCCUGGGUGGCAUGUUCUUCUGCAGCAUCUUCAUCACCAUAUCUCUGCUCGUUAGGUUCCUGUAUGAGUGGGUGACGUACUUAAGUGUGGUCAGUACUCUGUCCUUCGUUGUAUUCUUCGCUAUUGGACCAGGUUCCAUCCCUUGGAUGAUAACUGCCGAACUGUUCUCGCAUGGCCCGCGACCCGCAGCCAUGAGCAUCGCUGUCUUCGUCAAUUGGUCCUCCAACUUUUUAGUCGGUUUAGUUUUUCCUCAAAUGCAGCGGGUGUUCGAGAACUAUUCCUUUUUGCCGUUCACGGGCCUGCUGGCGAUCUUCUGGAUCUUCUCCUACAGGAAGGUUCCGGAGACAAAGAACCGAACAUUCGAGGAAAUCGCUGCCUUAUUCCGGAGGGAGGAGGUGGUCAACGUCAACGGGCUGACCACGGUGGUGCAGAGGAAACCACCGGUGGUACAUCACCAGUCCCCAGAGCUGGUGGCGGAGGAGAAGAACCUCGAGACUUAUGGCACAUUCCUCAUUUGGGCCAAUGGUCCGAGACCAGAUCGUUGAAGCAGAAGCCUUACAAUGUCAUAUCUCUGAGCUACAAUUCUUCAAAGUCAUAUCUGGAUGUGUAUUCCGUCUCUUCAGCCCAAUUUUUAAUAAUUCUCUUGCUGUCCAUUUGUUGUGUAAACUGUUUCACCUCACCCAUGAAAGUAUAUUUGUGUCGGAAGAUAAUUCUUGUUGUUGUGAUUCUUUCUUAGUAUUUAUAAGAGCAUAUCCUGUGCGUAAAUUUUUUGCCAUUAAAGUGAAGUAGUUAUA